UACUACAUCCCUGCUUUUUUUCAUUAAUCUUGUGAGAAGAAAGUUGUGCAUUUGAUUUUUUUAACGUUCUCUAAUUACAAUGAUAUUCUACCACGUUUUAUUUAAGGUAUUCCUAGUUGUGUGCAUUUUUACUGCUUUUUCCCUAUGUGUACCAACACCAGAUCCAGCACCUGAGCCUCAUAGAGGGUGGGGCAGAGGUUGGGGAGGGGGUUGGGGUCACGGGGGAUGGGGACACAGGCCAUGGGGAGGUUGGGGAUACGGUGGUUGGAGGCCAGGAGGUGCAAUUAUCAUAGUACCGGUUAGAAGAGGCUGGUGGUAAACUUUAAAUACAAUCGUUUUAAAAAUAGAUUAUGUAUCUUGUCUUACUGCAUUAAAAAUGUCUUAUUAUUGACAACA